AUGAGCCUACUGACAUCUUGCUCAAGAAGGAGACUCUCCACACUGGCAGCCAGUAUCUCACCGCAGCAUCCAACACCACCUGCAAUACAAGCACCAUCGCAUGGCCAGCAUUUCUACAUGAACAAGACCUUGGAUACAUACUACUCGCAAAGUCCGACUCCUCUUACAUUAAGACAGUUGAUCUUUUAUGAACGACACAUCAACACAGAGCGUCUAUUGAAAUCAGCAAACUACGUGCGAACAGAGCUGCCCAUUCGCAUUGCUCAUCGCAUCCGAGAAUUUCAAAAACUACCGUACAUUCUGGGCACCAAUCCACACAUUGAAAACGUAUAUGAUCUCUAUUGGCAAGCAUUUGAACGCAUCCGCAAAGUACCAGAGAUUACAACCAGGCAGCAAAAUGAGGCGUUUUGUGAUCUGCUACAGGAGUCGCUGGAUGCCCAUUUGGUGAUAAUACCACAAUUGGCAAAAGGCAUCAAUGAAUGUGAGCAACAGCAUGAUGGGAUCAUGUCGAUGGAUAGGCUGGAUCGGUUCAUGAAUGCUACGCUACGGUCUCGUAUCUCAAGACGCGUUUUGACGGAACACCAUCUAGUGCUAUCCAACAGGAAGAAAUCCAUAUUCAAUGUCUGCUCCUCGCACAAUGUAUUAACUAAGUGCAUCCAUUUGGUCCAAGCACAUGCGUCUUACUUGCAGCAGCAGCAAGAUCCCUCAGAGCCAGCGAUGGUGCUACCCAAGAUUCAACUGAACGGCACAGACACAGAAUUCACGUACCUAUCAGAUCACGUAGAGUACAUUAUAUUCCAGCUUUUGUCCAAUGCAUUUCGACAUGCGACACAACCCUAUUCGGCAACAGCACACACGAUACCCAAAGAGAUCAGAGUAACUCUCUGCUCCAAUGAGCAAGAUGUCUUGUUUCGCAUAUCGGAUCAAGGAGGAGGCAUGAGCAAACAGGUGUACAAGGAUUUGUGGUCGUACGGCAAUUACAAGCGGUUUGGCAACAUGGAGCAUGUCGAUCAAUUGGAGGCCAAGCUGAACGAGCAUGACAAGAUGGUGAUGAGAUUGGGAAUUGGACUACCCAUGAGUCGUGUGUAUGCAGAGUAUUGGGGAGGUGAUAUCAACAUUGUCACUAUGGAGGGCUAUGGCACAGACGCCUAUGUUCGCUUACCAAGACUAGGCACUCAAAAUGAAAACAUCAUUACAGAAUCUCCCUUGGAUGAAGUGAUCAUGUAG